UUCUGAGGAGACAGAGAUUAAGGUGGAACCCAAGUGACUGGCAAAGACCUGGGCUCCACCAACCUCCCAGUCCUUCCCAGUUCUUAGAUGGUAACAAACACUGCCCUCUGGAAUCUCAAUGUCUUCUUUAAAGAACGGGUCAAUAAUAACCACCUUGGCAGAAUUAAAGGUGUGGUUACCGUUAUGAAGCCCCUGGUGCUCAAGAACAGUGUUCUUAUAGGAACACAGAUGCUGAGGAGGAGGAAGUCUUUGUCUUUCCAGCACUCCAGAAUGAGAGUUCUGGCGAACCGCGGGAUGAGCGCUCCUCAUUGUUUAUCUAGAAUAAUGGACCCUCGGAUCCGACCAGGCACGGGACCAUCUGCUCUCGGCUGCCCAUGGUCCUCUGAGGCGGAGCCCCGGCAGAGGCAGCUGGGAGGACGCUCCUCCCUCCCCGCCCGAGGACGUUCCUCCCUCCUCGCCUCCCUCGGGGAGCCCAGGCAAGAGGAGGAGUUUUCCUGGGCUCUGCAGCUUCCGUCGCCACGGCAACGGCGCCAUACUGGGCCCAACGGACUCUGGAGCAGCGGCGGCAUGGACACCCUGUACGUGGAGGAGGUGGCCACCUCCCUGGUUAGGGAGUUCCUCAGCAGGAAGGGCUUGAAGAAGACGUUUGUGACCCUGGACCAGGAACGCCCCCGCUCUGAUCUCAGCAUCAACAGCAGAAAUGACCUCCGCAACGUUCUGCAUCUCAAGUUUCUCUACAGGGAAAACAAAGCAAAGGGAAAUCCUCUAAAAACAAACCUUGAACUCAUUACCAGAUACUUUCUGGAUCACUCUGGAAAUACAGACAGUAACAUAAGUCAAGAAACCCCAAUUCCUGCACUCCCAGUUCCAAAGAAGAAUAACAAGCUGCCUUCGAGAUGCUCAGAGACCACACUGGUAAAUAGAUAUGAUCUUUCAAACGAAGACACAGGAAGGAGAACAUCAUGGAUGGAAGCAAGCAGUGCCAGACAUGACAGUCUCGAUGGGGACAUGCUUGGCAAUUUCACAUCACCAAAAAACACCCCACACAAAAGUAAGCCCACGCAUAUGGUCCCCAGUGACAGCCUCCCUUUGGCUCCUGGGUGGGAGAAGGUGGAUCAUCUUCACUCGUCAGAGCCUUGCAUGGACCUGAAGAGGCCAGUGGAGAGGACCAGGCCGAAGUCUGGCCUGAUUGUCCGGGGCAUGAUGGCUGGGCCUGUCGCCAGCUCCCCACAGGACUCUUUCCACAAAGGCUCUCUGAGGAGGUCCUCAUCCUUGAGCAGGAAGCCCCAAGCCCCAGAGGAGAGGCAGCAUCAGCCUGGGCUCUCUGCCCAUACCCUCGCCUAUCCAGGCCCACAGGAGGUCCUGGCAUCCAUCAGUGACUCCAUCGCUAGGAGGCCCCUGGGCCAGCCGAGUGAACUGGCCUGGGAGAAACAGAAAGCCACUGCCAGCAAUCAGGGACUACUCCAGAGCGACAGGCCCAGGCCCAGAAGUUUUUCAGAGGAUGGCCCAGCAGGAUUUGGCCACACGGAGGUCAACACACCUUUGAGGUUGUGCUCACCUGGUGGGAAUUCCAGGAUGACCCAGGAGCAACUAGAAAGAGCAUACAAGCAGCAGGGCAGUGAGCCCCUUCCUCUCAGGAAAACUCAGUCAGUGUCUGACAAGGUAGAUGACGAGCCGGAUGUCCUGCAGCUAGAGGAUGUUGAGGAUGAACUGACUAAGGAAGAAAUCAUCCUGUGCCCACCUCCAUCGAUGCACAAGCUGCAAAUCUCGUCAAAGCCAAUUGACUUCUUAGCAGCAAAGGAAAUAAAGAUCCUUCUGUUUGGUUCUACCUUCUGCUCCUUCAAUGAAGAAUGGAAACUUCAGAGCUUUUCCUUUAAUGAUACUCCUUCACUAAAAUACGGCAUUGUGCAGAACAAGGGUGGUCCUUGUGGGGUUCUGGCUGCUGUCCAAGGCUGUGUGCUGCAGAAACUCCUGUUUGAAGGAGAUGGGAGAGCCAACUGCCCUCGACGGCUGUAUCCCUCAGACACCCAGAGGACCCAUUGUCUUGCCCUAGCCAUCACAGACAUCUUGUGGCGAGCUGGCGGCCGAAAGCAAGCCGUGGUCACACUGGCUUCAGGAACACCACACUUCAGUCCAACAGGGAAAUACAAAGCAGAUGGAGUCUUAGAAACACUCACACUGUACAGUUUCUCCUGUUAUGAGGAUCUGGUCACUUUUCUCCAGCACAGCAUUCGCCAGUUCGAAGUGGGCCCCUAUGGAUGCAUCCUGCUCACCCUGUCUGCCAUCCUGUCCCGGUCCCCGGAGCUUGUCCGCCAAGACUUCGAUGUCCCUACUGGCCAUCUUAUUGGAGCGCAUGGAUACUGCACACAGGAACUUGUCAAUCUGCUCCUUACUGGGAAAGCCGUGUCCAAUGUUUUCAACGAUGUGGUGGAACUGGACUCAGGGGAUGGGAACAUUACACUCCUCCGAGGCAUUGAGGCACAAAGUGACGUUGGCCUCCUAUCUCUCUUUGAACACUACAAUGUAUGCCAGGUUGGCUGCUUUCUGAAAACCCCACGGUUCCCUAUCUGGGUGGUGUACAGUGAGAGCCACUUCAGCGUCCUGUUCAGCCUGAAGCUGGAGCUCCUGUCUGACUGGAGGGCUGAGCGUGUCUUUGAUCUGUACUACUAUGAUGGCCUCGCCAACCAGCAGGAGGAGAUUCGGCUGACUAUCGAUACCAUGCAGACCUUCCCGGAGGACAGCCGCAGGGACCUUGUCCCUCCACUGGAGCUCUGCAUCAGAACCAAGUGGAAGGGGGCUUCUGUGAACUGGAAUGGCUCAGACCCCAUCCUGUGACCCUUGGAUGCACCAAGCUCUAUGACUUCAGCACUCAUCACUGAGAUGACCCCAGAACCCCAGGCCUCAGGGUCAGGUCUCUGAGAAGAGUCAUCCUGGCUGUGCCUGCCUGGCCAUAGAGGCAUGCAGAGCUUUCCAGUUCCUUCCAUGAAGGGCCAUGGUAGUGCCCAGUGCACUGCUAGGGUUCCCUCCCUGGCCCAGCUAUGACUGCCAAAGACAGGAAGGGGGCCACCAGAGACUGCUUCUUUUCAUGUCCCUCCUUCCCCUGCUCCUCCUGGGUGGCCCCCUCACCAAGGCUUCUGAUGUGAUUGACCUCGGGGACCCUGGGCACUUGUUACUGCAGCUGCUAUAAAACAAGAGUCAAACCUAUGGCGAGAUCUGAGGCUUGGCAUGAAGUCUUGGUAUGAAGGGAGCACAGGUCUACUCCAAUCAUGGCUCAAGAGUGAUAUGGGGGUGUGGAGGCUCAGAACCCCACUAAGCAAGGGCAUUUCCUACAAGGAUCUUGGGAUAAGCUAAGCCCUUUCCCUCAGGGAUGUCCUUGGCUGGGGUUCUCUUGUUAGUUGUAUUUUCCACUGCAGAGCAGCAGUCUAAAAUAUAGACUACAUGGUCUGUGCUGUCCAGGGAGCAGCCCAAGCCUCAGAGAGUCUCAGUCAAGGAAGACCUGGAUCUUUUGUGAGGCCACAUGAGAAUGGAGUGGCCUAGGGAGGCUAGGAUGGGUGGAGUGGGGAGCCACUCAAGGAGUGGCAUCUUGGCCAGGGAGGCUAAGAUGGGGACAAACAGAAGGCCCAGGUGCAGUCUUCCCUGUGGCUAUGAGGGAGCGUGUGGAUUGAGAACUGACUGACUGCUAGUGUUUGUGGGCAGAGCUUCGGAGGUAGUCACAGAGCAAGGACAGAGAUUGGGUCAGGGAGAUGGACAGUCCGAGCCUUGCUUGCUGCAUUGAUGUAUAUCUUAUAGCUUUCACAAAGAGGGAAAAUAAAGCAGCAAUGGGAGGCUGGGAAAAAGCAACAGGAGAGUGGCCUGGGUCAUAGCCAGAGUCCAGGGCUGCUCUGCAGUGGCUCACAAGAAGGGCCUAGAGGCAGUGCUCUAGCCCUCAAAGACCCUGUCACAUGGCUGUCUAGGUGAGGAGCCUACAGAACCUUGGGGGCCGUGGAUGCUCACACACAGGGACUAAGACACCUAAGGGAGUCAAAGAUGCUUCAUGGCAGCCCAUACCUAGCCUGUGUCCACAUGGGAUUUUAGGAUCCUCACUCUUCUGAGGCCUGACAGUGCUGGCUGUAGAGAGACCCCUUCCUUUAGAGAGCUAGGCAUUUGGUGUGGGCAACUGCAGAACUUGUGUUCUUGUGGACAGGGUAUGUGCAACAGCCUAACACAUCUCUGGGGAUGUGGAGAGUAGCCAGCUGCACUAGAGAAUGGGCGGGCGGGAUGGCCCUCUCCUGCUGUGCCAGGCCCCAUGGGGCUCGCUGUGUAAACCUAGGUGGUCAUUCGCAGUGGGUUUCCAGCAGAAAUGCUUCCUAUAUCUCCUCCAAAUGUUUAUGCAUUUGUUUUCCUUGGCCAGGGAUGGGACGCUCCAGAGUGUCUGGCCGAGGAAGUUGGUUUCCCUGCAGUGACCUUGUUUAUCAGCCUGGGGAGGAAAAGUGUCUUUUCAGUGAAACCCACAUAGUCUCCUUGCCAGAGGCUCUUUGGCAGGGCUAGUGAAAAUAAACGGUUCCCAG